AUGUUGGAGAAUGUGGACAUGCCACAGGUGGCAUCGGCUUUUCAAACACAAGAAAUGCUUAAACAGGAAGUUUGGAAGACUCCAUCUGGAUGCUUUCAACGCUUGCCCAACCUUGAGAUUUUGAAACUGAAUGGAAUGGAGUUUCCAUUGACCUCAGAUUGGGACUGGAGCAGAUUUCCGAGGUUGAGAACUUUGGAAGUGAGAUGCUAUGUGCGAAGAAGUGACUUUAGAGUAACCUCCAGCAUGGAGAACUUGCAAAAAUUGGAUAUUGAGGACAAUCACCACCUUGAGGGGCUUCCUUUCUUAACAGAGGAAAUGGUUCCCAUGCUCUCCCUUAGCAAUUGUGAACGCUUGAUUGGGGUGCCCACCAUCUCUCAACUGGCAUCACUGAAGUUCCUUUUCAUCGCCAGGUGUCCCUCCUUGAAGGACCUCUCCAUCUCGUUCCUUCCAAAUCUAGAGACAGUUUAUAGUCUGUUCUGCAACAAAGUUACCACCAUCAACAUAUCCGAGUGCCCAUCACUGAGAUUUGUUAAAAUCAGGGACAUUCACAGGCUUGCCCGUGUUGCAUUCGGUGGCAACUUCCCACGACUUGCAGAAAUAACCCUUGGUGGAUUAGAACAGCUUCUAGAUGUCUCUCUAGGUGCCACGGAUGCCUUCCCACAGCUGACGCAGCUGCAAAUAAGAGACUGUGGUAUUGACCAACUACCAGAAUGGUUCGCAUCACUCACAACGUUGAGAACUCUGGAAUUAUGGGAUCUGCAAAACUUGGAUGUGAUACCCGAUGGUGUUGCAAGGCUUCCUCUACUAAGGAAGCUUGAUCUGGGAGGUUGCAAGAGGAUCAACAUGUUACCCUUUGCAGACUCUGAGGACAGCUCCUUCUAUCCAUCCCUGGAGUACUUACGCUUGGGAGAAACAUCCGUCUUUCAAGAGCACCUCUCGGAACGCCUUAAAAAAAUUGCAAGUUUUUUUAAUGAGAAGUUUUUUAGAGGACCU